CUCUGGCGUAAGCAAAUGAGAUAAAUACACGAUAUAUGAUGUGAUUUUUUACUUUUAAGUAUAUCGAGUUAAAAAGGGACAAAGACGUAAAAGCACAGAUUUCUAUGGAAAUCUGUGCGUGAAUCGUCACAAAGCCCGAAAAGUGCAAUUAUAUAGGAAGAAGGUCAGGGAUUUCCUAAAAACAGGAAAUAUAUAAAAUAUUAAACGUGAUUAAUAUGUUGAUUUAACACAACACAAUCGAUACAAUAUACAUAUUAUUUAAAAUAAGAAGAUCAAGAUUUUGAUUAUCAAGGAUUGAGAGUGUGAUCCUCUUAACGCUACAAAUGUUUCACACGUUAUACGAAAUAUACGAUCAAGCAUUUGAUUUACAAAUCAGAGGAAAGAAUUAUUUUUACUAAUUGCGAUCAUUGAAAAAAAUGCUUCGAUCAAGCAUAUAAGCAUCAAGUAAACCGCGCGCGAUACAAUUUGAACGUUAAAUCAUGGAAAGAUGUGAUAUACAAAUAAGUAAAAAAGCUUCAAUGUCACAACCUCUAAGUAAUAAUAAUUAUAUAAACGACAAACUAUCUGAACCUAUUGUAACAAAAGCAAACAAUAACGAGCAAAGUAAUAAAAAUAAUAUUGAUUACAAAAAUAUUUUACUCACUAUGAGAGGAGAAAUAAGUUCAGGUUCCAUACAUAGAAACAGUUUAACGCAAAAACAGGCUAAUAUUAUUUUUGUAGAGGAGACGGAAGACGAUGAUGAACAAUUCAUUUUAAAUAUGAAAACGAUCAUUGAUAAAAACUGCAAAAUGCAAAAUAAGGAAAACUCUAACAUAAAAGAUUUACAAAGCAAAUUAUAUUUAUCAAGAAAAAAGAAGUGCCCAUUUAGCGACAUAGAUCAAAAUUUGAUGAAACGAUUUAAAAAAUCUGUAGACGAUAGCAAAGCUUCCUGCAUAACACAAAAAUUGCAGCAGCCUGAGCACGUUGUUGACAUUGUUUCCACUAAUAGUCACAGUUGCUCGACAGACUAUACUCCGCAGAUUGCCUAUACUCCAGUCAUUAAUAAUGAUAUGAAUGACGAUAUGAAUUGCAGACACAACAAGAGUGAACUGCUUUUCCAUGUAACUUCGAAAAUGCAGAAAAAUGACCAAUGGAUUCACGAAAGAACAGUAGAGAAUAUAAAAACUGUUACUGAAAUAGAAAUAGAAAAGCAGUUUAUUUAUAAGGAGAUGUUGUGCCUUACACCUCCCCAGAAAGAUGAUUCAUAAAAUAACUUACAAUUUAUAUAAAUAAUAUAAAAUAAUUUUCUAAUUUUUACCAUAUUAUUUGUCAGCAAUUUAUU